AUGCUUUCUCGGCACAAAGAUGAUGUCAAGAAAAGACCAAAAGCAGAGAAGGGUUUGAGUAAAAGUGGGUCAAGAACUGUGUUGAAAGAGACUGGUGUAUUUCUUCAAGUUGGUUCAGGUAUGUUGGAACAGAGACUUUUGGCAUCACCGAAUAGUCGUGUACACGAUUGAUCAUUAGUGGAAGUAAACACACGAAACGUUACUAUGUUUGUACACAUAUUCUUUUCCAGGGGUGUGUUCUAAAUGCAGAAAGAUUCUUGCAGACGCCCUCGAGGAAAGUAAAGUUAUUUUCCAAAUUAAAGAAUUGACCUUGGUAAGUAACUUUUCCUUUUAUUUGAGAGCUGUAAGAGACACAGUUUGAUGUGUGCCGAGCUACACGUACCGAAAAGUCAAUAGUAUCUACUGCCAGUUGUCAAAUUAAUUAACGUUUUAUAAUGCUUAAACUAACUGAAAUAUUGGUUGUGUCUUAGGACGAGGUUAAAGAUACAUCUGUUCCUCAAGCCCAAAGUACACCAGCUGCAUUUGAUAUUUCCCUUUCUUCUUUGGAAACAUUGCAAGGAACCCUUUAUUCUCCAUCAAAUACAGGGAUAGCCACGACAAUCACAUCCCAGGAUAGCAGAGCUUACAGUGAUGCAAAUCCAAUUGAUAAGCUGAACGAGUUCCUUCAGAGUAAAGAUGUUAGUCCAAUUAGAUAUCCUGUCAAGGUACCCUGGGAAGAAGCGAGUGAGAGAACGAGACGCUGCCACAUACGUAAGGCCAAGCAGACGGUGCAGGCUGUUCUUGAAGAAGUCGCACCAAUCCGUCCGAACAUUUGUGGCAGUCCGUUGUUGAAUCAAUGUCAUCAGAUAAGCAGGAAGACGAUAACAUUGAUCAGGUUCUCAUGA